UUGGAGAGGAGCAGAGCACCAGACCCACCUUCUUGACUGAGCCGAUCCAGCUAUAAUCAAGAAGAUCCCCUCCUCCUCCUCCUCGGCUGGACCGCCUUGGGGCGCAGAGCCGAGGCCUCCGGUCGAUCUGUCGCGAGGAGCACUGAUCGCGGCCUCGCUUCCAUCUUGUUGGGACUUGGAUGUGGGGCAAGCAGGCGGAGCGGACAGGAAGAAGUAGGCUGGAGGUGGAGUGAGAAGGGGAAGCGGAGAAACAAAGGCCACACAAUGACCUUAAUAGAUUUCAUAGAGCUGAGUGACGAUAAUAUUAUUGACUUGAGCAGCGAUGAGGAGACUGUUCAAGAGGAUCAGAUUGCAACUCAACACCGGGCGAUGUUGCUUUAUAAGCAGGGUGUGUUUGUCCUAGCUGGUGAAGGAAGCCGAGGGGUGCAGGCCGUGUUUGUUGCAGCUGGUGAAGGAAGUCAAGAUGUGCAGGCCGUGUUUGUUGCAUCCAGUGAAGGAAGGCAAGAGGCUUCUGAGCCCGGACAUGCUUUGGAAGCUACCGCAUCGUCCAUGAUUAUGGAGGAAGCACCUCUUGUUGCAACUAGUCAAGGAAGUCAAGAUGUGCAGGCUGUGUCUGUUGCAGCUAGUGAAGUAAGGCAAGAUGGGCAGGUUGUGUUUGUUGCAGCUAGGGAAGGGAGGCAAGAGGCUUCUGAGCACGGACAUGCUUUGGAAGCUACCGCAUUGUCCUUGGUUACGGAAAAACCACCUGUUGAUACGGUUGUGCUCGCUCUCCCACAUGCUGGAUCACCGAAUUGUCUUCGCUCUCCAACAUCAACGCCAUUCGCCGGCCUGACUUCCACCACUCCGAAGGCUCUGACGUCUGAAGGUGGCGACACAAAGCUGGUGAGAGCAAAGGUGAAACGUCCUAGGAAGAACCACCAUACCGGCACUCCUAAAGCUGUGACUUCUGAAGGUGGCGACUUAAAGCUCGUGAGACUGGAGACGAAACAUCCUAAGAAGAAGAACCAUACAGAAAAACCACCUCUUGGUACGGCUGUCCUCGCUCUCCAACAUGCUGAAUCGCCGAUUUGUCCUUGCACAUCAGAGCCAUUCCCCGGCCUAACUUGCACCAGCCCGAAGGCUCUGUCCUCAGAAGGUGGCGACGCAAAUCUGGUGAGCGGGAAGGUGAAACAUCGUAGGAAGAACUACUGACCCUGCAAACUAACUCCUUAGACUGAAUCUUUCUAACUACUGUUGCUGUAGUUCAUCUCAUAGGUAACCACUCUUAUUGUAUCCGUACUGGGAUCGGAGCUCGUGUUGCCCCCCAUCUCUCUGCAUUCGUCUAGAAUGUCAGUUGUGGGUGAUUUUUGGACUGGCUUUGUCAAGCACUUCGUUAGGUGGUAUUUUGGUGAACCUGGAUAUGGCGCGCAGCUGCUGUUAUCUGGGAGCUUAGGAAACUACUUAGAAUUUAGAUUUUUUUGCCAUCCUGGCUCCAAGCUGAGAUGUAACCAAACCGACAAUAGACCGAAAUUUGUGAGAGUAACUGCAUCUUGAGUUUUUUGUAAAAAAAGAGUGUUUCACUUUGGUAGAUGAAGCUGAAGCUACAGCUUAGCUCUGUCC